ACCGGAUGUAGCGCGGCUUAGCCUCUCUGACCUGACAGUGUUGGGGUUUUGCGGGUGCUGAACGCGGUGGACAGCAGCAGAGCGGAUAAAAAUCUGCAAAGAUGGCCUCAGCAACAGCGACCUAUGGACAGAAAGAGUCUUCAGACCAGAACUUUGAUUACAUGUUCAAGAUCCUCAUUAUUGGAAACAGCAGUGUAGGAAAAACCUCCUUCUUGUUCCGCUACGCCGACGACUCAUUUACACCGGCCUUCGUGAGCACAGUGGGGAUUGACUUCAAGGUGAAGACCAUCUACAGGAACGAUAAGAGGAUCAAACUACAGAUCUGGGACACAGCAGGUCAGGAGCGUUACCGCACCAUCACCACAGCUUACUACCGAGGAGCCAUGGGCUUCAUCCUCAUGUAUGACAUCACAAACGAGGACUCCUUCAACGCUGUCCAGGACUGGUCGACUCAGAUUAAGACAUAUUCGUGGGAUAACGCCCAGGUGCUGCUGGUAGGAAACAAAUGUGACAUGGAGGACGAGAGGGUGGUGAGUGCCGAUAGAGGCCGGCAGCUUUCAGAACAUCUUGGUUUUGAGUUCUUUGAGGCCAGUGCUAAGGACAACAUCAAUGUGAAGCAGACCUUUGAGCGCCUUGUCGAUAUCAUCUGUGAAAAGAUGUCAGAGAGUCUGGAUGCUGGAGAUCCUGCCGUUACAGGCGCCAAACAGGGGCCCCAGCUGGCAGAGCAGCCUGCCCCUCCCCAUCAGGACUGUGCAUGUUAAAGCUGACUCAUUCCCUAAUCCCUUUUUUUCCUGCUGUUUCUUUUUUUCCCCAGUACUUCUUUAGUUGGACCCCAGGUCCUUGGAUCCUUCCUCCAGCAUCCUGUUCACCCCUCUUCCUGCUUUUUUUCUUUUUUGGGGGGCUGAUGACCACAAGACAAGGGCUGGGAAGAGUCUGAAAUGCUGCAAGCAGGUGGUGUUCCCACAUUUUGAAUGUGUUUCUGUAAAGUAUCUCCAGAAACAGGAGAUUUAUAGGUGUUUUUAUCAGUCCAGGUGUUAAUUUGAUGCCAAAGCAAGCCCAUUAUAACCAGUGCAUUUAUGACUUUUUGCAGCCCAGGCUCUUGUUGGUUCUCUUGAUCCUCAGUAUGGUUUCACCAGAAGGAUUUGACGGCGAGCAUCCUCAGAGUGCCAUUUAAAUCCUUCUAAAGUUUACAGUCGUUUGUUAUGAAGAGUUGAAAGCCUUGGAUUUGGUGAGCAAGAGGUCAACGGUGGAUUAACACAUGCUAUGAUCCAUCAGAGAAAUAUUCAAAACCGGUAUAUUACAUUUUGAGAUCCAUAUCAGUUUUGUUUUGUAUUCCCAUCUAUUUACACAUGAAAACACGACCUUUUCCAAAGCUCCUCCAAGCAUCUUUUAUCCUUUAUCCUUUUAUUCUAUAUCUUUUAUUCCUUUAGAAAUGUUUUAUUUUGUAUUUUUUUGGCCUUGUUUUCAUAACCUAAACCACAGAAAGGGUAAAAAAUGAAGAAGCUUUGGUGAGCAGAUAAAGAGAGAAGAACCGUAUAUAAAAGAAGAUAAUUUUUUAUUUCAGUAUAUUUAUUUUAGAUGUACAUAUAAAUGUUGUGCAAUAUAGACAUAUAAUAUCUACAGGUAUGCACUUCUGAGGAAACAUUCUAAAAAGUAUGAUGUACUGCAAGGUUAGUGUUAGAUAAAAAAAAAAGGUGUUUUGUUGUAGGAUUGGUUUCUUUGCUCCUCAGGGAGCUACUUUCCCCCCGCUUGUGGCAUCUUUCAGGAAUUAUGCAAAUUUCUAAGUUUUCACUUCAGACUGAAAAAGAUCAGAUCAGAGAGGUAGGCUGAAGAACUGUAUGUAGUUUCAUUUCUCACUUUUUUAUUUUACUGAUUGAAAUUAAAGGUAACACUACAAGCUCUGUAUGGGCUGCAUAUAACUUGAGUUUAAUGGUGGAUUUUUAGGAUAAUUGAUGUGAAAUAUAUAGAUCUGAUCCUAGAGGAAGACAUUUGUGCUGUUUAUCAGUUGGAAAUAAACUCUAUACAGGUAGUAAAUAGAAAAGUUAUUUCCAAGGCACAAACUCAUCCAAAUUUUCAGUAAGAUUGUAAGAUCAAUGAAAGAUUUACUUUGUUCUACAAAGUAUAUAUAUAAAAAUUUUCUAAAACAUUUAGAGAUGGAUUUUAAUAAUGAAAAAAUUCUCAGUUUUUUCUCAUUCUGACUUUAUCUUGAUCAUCUCUGUUGUGACAAAAUAGAAGGAGAAUAGUGCCGUCUGAGUUUGUUGUGGUUUCACUGUAUUUAUAUGUGAGGUUUUAGGUAAUUUUUUGGUUUAAGUCCCACACAGGUUGGACACUACAGCCUGCUGCUUCUGCUCUGGCAAUGCUGAACUUACCAGCUUUGCAUUUUCGCUUCAAAAAGAUUGAACCUAGAUAAGUUUAAUCAGAAAUGUAUUUUGUAUUCCACACCAACAAGCAGAAGAGUUUAGGAAUAAAUUAUGCGAUGCCCUUCACAUUUAUUGGCACCCCUGGUAAAGACUGAUCAGAAGGCAUUACUAUAAAAUACGUUUGAGAUUGUUUUAGGGGAGCUUCUUAUUAUGGUUUAAGAUAGAAUAUGAAGAUGAAUACAUCUACAUUUUCUUUUUUUUUCUUGUCUUUAUCAUAUUGAAUGUUGGUUGAGUAAAAAACAGUCUUGAGAUUUUAAUUAUGGCUCUUGUAAAUCUCAGACCUGCAGCUAUUGAUUUGGUCAAUUUAGGUGAUUCUCUAAGUGCUCAAUUAAAAUUACAUAUUGCACAAUUUAAAUAGUCUAUUAUAAUUUCUAAUGAUUCAAAUAGUGCCCAACUUACCGUAGUACUAGCGAAUGGAAAAACAAAUCAUUUUAUGAGUCAGUCAGUCAUAUUUAAAGAGUUAUUAGUGCACAUUUAGAAAAGGGCUGAAACAGUUAGUCGGAUUAUUUGUGAUUAAUCGAUUAUUGAAAUAAUCAUCAUCUAAUUUAUUAAUCAAUUAAUUGUUAUCUGUGAGAAUAGAGACUUUAAAAUAAUCCUUUAGCUGACUUAGAGCACCCACUUAGAGCAGCAUUUAAGUUUAAAAAAAAGUUUUCAUCUGUCAAUAUCCUCUAUCCAGAACUCCUCAAGUGGAAAAGUUUUAGUUUCACCUGGUUUACUUUUGUAAAAAAUCUUCAGUUCAUUGUUUUUUUUAAAGUAACUGGUAGUAGAGUUAUUAACUGGUAAAAAUCAGCUAUUUCAGAAUUCAUUAUUUUCCUGGAAUAUGGAGUGAAGUUAAAGGUUGUUCUUUCUUUAAAGUUUGUAAUGUAGGAUUAUGCUGCUUCUUACAAGUCUGCACCAGGGGUACCAAAAAUGGUGAAGCAGUCUGGACAGGUAUCAAACACUUGGGAUGAGGGUUCAGUUAAAACCUCCAUCGGCUUUCUGUCUACAUUUGAAUUCUUAAGCCUGAACUAAAGUCAGUUCAGCAUUUAUUGACUGAUUUUUGCUUUUACUCACAUCUGCAGCGAGGCUUCAUCAGCUGCAGUGACUCAAGUGGCUAAAAGCACUUUAAGCGCUUUUUUUUCCUGUGCUUAUUAACAAAAUGCAUCCUGUAAUGCAGAGCAGCUCUACUGGACUGUUGGAGGCUAAUGUUUAAAUGUUGGUGUUUGUCUGUUUUGGAGAAGGUUGAAACUGCUGGAGUCAAUACUUUAAUGGGCAAACAAAUCCUCAAAGUAUUUACUCAUUUGUUUUGCUUCACUUUUCAAAGCCAAAAAUGGUUUUCUAGGAUUUUAAUUCAUCUGAUGCUGGAUUACUGUAGAACUGGCUGAUAGGGGCAUUUCAUUAGCUCCAAGUUGCAAUGAAACAGGUUUUGGCAGAAAAAGAAAAACAAAAAUGGGGUUCUCUUAGGAAUUUAUGGAAGAAAAUUACAAAAAUUGGGGGGGAAAAAAUCAUUAAAAAAAGACUUGAUGAAGUCAAUAUUUCUGUUUUAUUUUAAGAGCCUCUGAAAUGACAGCUGAAGUAACAGAAAAUGAAUCCCCAGCCAGCGUUUAGUGAUUUUUCUCCCUGUGAAUAUUUUACUUCUUAUUGGUUGUGACUGUUCUAAAUAAAACCCAAACUGAUAAAAAUGCUCUCCUUUCUAAUACGUCUUCCUCUCCAUAUAAACCAUUACCUGUAAAUACUGUACCUCCCAGUCAUACACGUAAAUUGUGUUGUGCCGACUCAGGCUUGCAUCCAAAAAAAAAAACAAACCUAAAAAGAGCCAUGUUGUACUGUAUCUGCAAUCAUUUCUUGGCCUACUUGUGAAUGAAUGUGUCUCUCAGUUAUGAAGCAAUACACACUCUGCAGCAUAAAAUACAAGAAAAUAAAACCCUUCAAGCUUGGUAGAGGUUGCUGACUAUAGAUCUUCUACUAGCACGCAGGAACGUGUAUGUUUAUUUCUUUUUGGUCUUGUAAUCACUGCCUCUUCAGAUACCUUCAGUUUGGGCCACUAAAAUGAGAGAACAUGCUGUGGAUGUUUUUAUCUGUACUUUGUGGUAAAACAAUAAAAAUAACUGAUUUAAAAG